UCUCCUCUCAUUUACACAGAAAGAGACUCGGGAACUGUGCGACUGUACCUUCUCCAGCUCCCUUCAACACUACCCAGCAAUAAACCACCCUCCCAUCCUCACUCACUACCCACCAACAUCCCCUCAGCCACCCAUCAAGCCCUUCUUUCUUCUUCAUUUUCUUGGAACUCGGAAAAGAUGGAGUUUUUUUCAUCUUCGUUUCUUUUUGUGUGAAAGUUCUCAUUUUCCAGCUUCCGCAGCUAAAGCUUUCAGCUUUAGCUCAGUGCAGAUCUUUCUGGUGGGCUUUUUCUGGGGAAAGGGAAAAAAUCCUUCUGGUGAAAAUUAAAUAUGCAAACAUCAAAAGCAAGAACUACUGUGGAUGUGCCACAAAGGUCAUCUCCUACUACACCAAAGACGAGUCGGAAGGUGAGAACCAUCAAUGCAGAUUCUGAAUCUAUUUCAUCGCCUAAUCAAUCAAGCCGGACACCGAAGGAAAGAAGCCCAAGAGUCGUUGAUCGGCGGUCCCCACGAAGUCCCGCUAUUGAGAAGAAACGUCCAGCCAAAAUGACAGAGUUAGAGGCACAGCGUGCACAGCUCCAAGAAGAGCUGAAGAAGGCAAAGGACCAGUUAAGCUCAUCUGAAGCGUCGAAGAAAAAGGCCCAUCUUGAGGCAGAAGAGGCAAAAAAGCAACUUGCUGCCAUGUCAGAGCAGGUGGAGGAGUCUCAGAAACAGCUUUCCGAGCUCUCAGACUCUGACAAAGCUCGUCUCCAAGAGUUGCGCAAGAUCUCACACGAUCGUGACCAGGCCUGGAAAUCCGAACUCGAAGCUCUCCAAAAACAGCACGAAUUGGACUCUACUGCCCUUGCUUCAGCUAAUGCCGAAAUCCAGAAGCUAAAAAACCAGCUUGAAUCCAAAAUGGUUGUACCACCUAUACAGGCUGAGUCAGCAAAUGCUGAGGCUCUUGAAGAACUCAGUAAAGCGCAAUUGGAAUUGGAGGAAUCAAAGAAGCGUGUGAGUUGUCUUGAGGAGUUUGUUACAAAACUGCAGUUGUCUGGUCGAGGUCAAGCUGAUAAUUAUCUGGAAAAAGGAGAUAAUGAGGAAGCGAUUGAUGUCAUGGCUUUGAAAACAGAGGCAAGCCAACUAAGAGCUGCACUGGAAGAGGCAGAGAGAAGGAAUGAGGAACAGUAUAUUCAGAGCACAUUGCAGAUCAGGAGCGCCUAUGAACAAAUGGAGAAGACGAAGCUAGAACUAAAAGCAUCAAGAGCUGAUGUUGAAGCUUUGAAGGAAAAACUGAUGGAAAUGGAAGCUAGCAUUUCAAGCGUGAAUGAGGGGCUGGAUUUUUCGCAAACUGAUGGAAAACCAAUAGAGUCUGAUUUAGGCGAAGAAAACAGGUGCGUAUCUGGUUUAGAAGCAGAGCUGGACAGUAUAAGUCAGGAGAAUGAAAAGCUGAAGUCUGAAAUCAAGAAGCGGAAUCAAGAAAUUGCUUCAGUUGAAGAGGCGAAAGCAGGAGAGAGGGAAGCAUUGGCGAGGCUUGGGUACAUGAAAGAAGAGGCAGAGAGAAGCAGCAGAAAGGCGAUAUAUGUGACCGAGCAGCUGGAUGCAGCACAAGCUGCAAACGGUGAGCUGGAGACGGAGAUGAGGAGGUUGAAAGUGCAGUCUGAUCAGUGGAGGAAAGCUGCCGAGGCAGCCACUGCAAUGCUUUCUACUGCUGGGAACCACAAUGGGAAGUAUGUGGGGAGGACGGGUUCUAUGGACUACCACCAUACGAUUGGAGGGAGGUUAGGAUCACCUUUCUCAGAGGAGGCUGAUGACGACUCCCCUAAGAAGAAAAAUGGCAACAACAUGCUCAAGAAGAUCGGGGUUUUGCUGAAAAAGAGCCCAAAGUAGAUGAAGGAAAAAAAACUCGCUCUAGACUUCCCAUCGACGGUUCGAAAUGAAUUAUUUUGUGUCGUUUUACCAAGAAUAAUAUCUGCAGACUUUUGUAUAGCUAUUUGGAGAUGGAGAAAUUCCUGGAUCACUUGUAAACGAUAGUUGGAGAGCAGCAGUAGUUUAUUUAUUUAUUUUUUCCCUGCAUUUUGUGUUUGCUAAUUAGACAUCAGCUUGGUAGUCUGAAACUCUGCAGCGUAUUAUCAUUUCCCGACAGCUCUAUAUGUUACAAUCUUGUCUAAUUUGGUGUUGUUGAGAGGAAUUGAAUCAUGUGAAUUAUCUUGCUUUGUUGCUUUGAAAAUAGUGUUUCUAUCUGAAUGCCGUGGACAUGUGCUACCCAUUUCUAGCCAUUAUCUAACCCUUCAAAUUUG